GGAUGUUAUUCACCCAAUUAAAAAAAAAAAAAAUUAUAAAGUGGGUUUUAUAUUUAUUUUCUUGAAGAACCAGAAAGUCCAGUCAGUAUUUUCAUUAAAAAUAAAAAAUAAAAAAAAGGGGGAAGAAGAAACCCCAGAAGUCUUUAAUUUCAUCACAAUAAAAAUUAACAAAAAUAAACAAAUCCUCCAUUUUCACCUCUCUUCUGCUCGCUUUCUCUCACUGUCUCACUUUCUCAGCGCCUUUAGUUUCUUAAAUGCCUGCUCUGUUUUCCCUCCAAAUUGAUCAGCUACGUUGCGUUGCAUGAAAGCAUGAAUCGCGGCGGUCGAUCUCGAGGAAAUCAACGAGGAGGCAAUUUCAGCCGCGGAGGUGGAGGACGAUCUCGGCGCCACUACCGCAAUCAACCUCCUCCUAAUGGUCCCUCCCGUUUAUGGGUUAUUAAAAAUGGUUCAAAAGAUGUUAAACCCCCUUCAAAUCCAGCUGACCAUAGGGAUGGUUAUUCAGACAAGAUAAGUAGCUCCUCUCUGCAAAGUGAGACUAAUAUGGAUGCAGAAAGAACAAAAGUUGUGCAAUCCCCAUGCUUGGUCGCAAGCGACAGAGUGCCAUUGAAUGAUGGUUUUUCAGACAAGAUAAGUAGCUUCUCUCAGCAAAGUGAGACUCACUUGCCCUCCAAAUUUGGUGACAAGAAUGGUCCUUCCCCAAGCAAGGGUCCCCAAACCACAGGCGGUAGUAACUUGUUAGAGAAUGAUAAUCACUCUGUAGAGCCUUUUGAUAUAUGCCCUCCCAAAACAACAAUUCCCUUUGUUUUGAAGCCUCCUCUACUUGUUCAGAACAGAGAAAGACGGAAUCAAACCAAAAGCCCCAUGGAAGGGAAAAAUGCAAUCAUAUUAAGGUCUGGAAUGGUCCUUCUCAAAAGUUGCAUCACUCUUAAUGAUCAGGUUGAAAUAGUGAAGAAGUGCCGUGCCUUGGGUUUAGACCUUGGAGGAUUCUACCAACCUGGUUACCGUGAAGGAGCAAAGCUGCAUUUAAAGAUGAUGUGCCUCGGUAAAAAUUGGGACCCUGAGACAGGUAAAUAUGGAGAUCGCAGGCCAAUUGAUGAUGCUAAACCACCCGAUCUCCCUGUUGAAUUUAAUCGGUUGGUUGAAAAAGCUAUCAAGGAUUCACAUUCUCUAAUAGAAAAAGAAGAUAAAGCUGGAAAUGCUGAAAAAAUACUCCCCUGGAUGUCACCAAAUAUUUGUAUAGUUAACUUCUAUUCAGAAAAUGGCCGACUUGGUCUUCAUCAGGAUCGUGAUGAAAGUCGCGAAAGCCUUGAGCUAGGAUUACCUGUUGUCUCCUUUUCCAUUGGAGAUGCUGGAGAAUUUUUAUAUGGUGAUCAAAGAGAUAUUGAUGAGGCACAGAAAGUUGUGCUUGAAUCAGGAGAUGUUUUGAUAUUUGGUGGGAAAUCUAGACAUGUUUUUCAUGGUGUAACAGCUAUACACAAAAACACUGCUCCUAAGGCCCUACUUGAAGCAACAAAUCUACGACCUGGUCGACUGAAUCUUACUUUUCGACAGUAUUGAAAGUCGUGGUACAUAGUUGUGAAUAUCCGUGUGGGUGGUUCUUUCUCAAGUUAUGCAUUGAACAAGGAUGAGCCACCUGAUAGAGGGAAAUGGAAUUUGUGGUUUUAAAAUAUUUUAGUUGACUUUCAGCUACAUUAUGACUCUCUGUUCAUACUAAGAUGAGAUUGUAUUGCAAACAUUAUUUUCAUCGUUUCAGUCUAAUAUGGACCAGGCCUCAUCUUCAAUGUCGAUUUGUAACUGUGGUUUGUGCCAUAAUGAUUUUGUUUGUUGUAAACAAAUUUGCUAAAAAUAUAGGUACAGGAUUUUUACGUGA